AUGAACUUGGCGCAGAUCUGGGGCCUGGAGCAGGCGAAGGGCAAAGAAGGCUUAGUCGAAGACGCUGGCAAAGUAGUCAGGCUGGCAGACCUGAAGAGGAAGAGCUACAGAGGUGUCAUCAGUGUGGUGGACGACGGCAGACCUAAGCAGAGUAGCCAGAUCGUCGUGCUUGACAAUGCAAAAGGUCAGACCAGCACAGUGGCAAGCGUUGCCGAUCCAACCAAGAUCCAGGCACACGGCGUCAAGCGCAAAGCGUCAAGCACGUCAUUGACUCAAUCUGCAGGACUGGAGUCGGGUACACCGAGCAGCACGAACGGCAACACUGCAAAAGAAUCCACAGUAGACGAUCAGGGAAAACCCCUGUCAAAGCGACAACAGAAGCGCCAAGCUAAGAAGGCGAAGUCGGAAGCUCGUGGCAGCUUUGGUGCGAAUGGGCUCUCGCAGUCUGGACAAGGCCUGGCCAGCAAUGGCUUCCCAAUCCAGCAUGAGACACUGGCGGAUUCGACCAAGAAGACGGAACAGCAACAAGCAGAGUCGAAGGUAACGAAUGGUCUCAAAGCCAGUGGCAAGGGCAAGGGCAAUCAGAAGGGCAACGGCAAUCAGAAGGGCAACGGCAAAAACAAAGGCAACGGCAAAAACAAGGGCAAAGCUCCUGCCGGCUGA